AUGACUAUUAUACCCUUCUUAAAUCCAAAUCCCUAAAACCUCCUAAAACCCUCGAAUCAUCUACAAUUUUGCAAAUUACAAGUCUUUUUGCAUCCAUAUUUUUGAAGGGUUUUCAGCAAAAAAUCGAAUUGGGGAAAAAAGAUGAGAUCUUUAAGAGGUAAAUCUUUGGAUCUUGCUGUUAUUUCCAAAUUUUUCAAUUCUCUCUCCUAUUUAUCGCAACCUAAAUGCGAAAAUGGCUUAAUUUUUCCCAUUUUGUUGAGAUUUCAAUAUUAUAGUUCUGUUAAUGGUCAUAGUAGUGGUAAUGGGCAGUUUAGGAAAUUUGGUAAUCAUGGUUUUAAUGGUCGUAAAAAUGAUGAUUUUGAUGAUGGUGAUGAUAGUAGAUUUUCUGGGGAAAAUAGAGGAAAUUUUAGUGCUGAUAAAAGUUUUAGGUCUUCUAGAGGUGAGAGACAAAUGCCCCAAUUUCAUGGAAAAACUGAUUCUUCAGAUCGUAAUUAUGGGCGACAAGGAAGAAAUGAUGGGUUUAGAAAGCCCAUUGGUGGUUAUGGAAAUAAAGGUGAUGUGAAAUUGGAUGAUGAUUUUUUUAAGUUUGAUGGUAAGGAUGAAGAUAGUGGUGGUGUUGGUUUGGGUGGAGAUCGAGAGGGGAGGAAGAAUACACAGCCUUCUGUUAGUGAGCUCUUGAAUAAGCCCGCGAAAGGCGAGCAAAGUAGUGGGAAGAAGGAUGGUGAAUUUCUUGAGAAAUUUAAGCUUGGUGGUGUUAGUGAGGAGGAAAAGAAAUCGGGUGAGGCCACUUCUGCACCAUCGCCGCCUCAAGAAGAAAAGAUGGAGGUGCCUGAGAAUGCUGAUGAGAUCUUUAAAAAGAUGAAACAAACUGGUCUGAUUCCUAAUGCUGUGGCAAUGCUUGAUGGGCUUUGCAAGGAUGGUUUGGUUCAAGAAGCUAUGAAGCUUUUUGGGUUGAUGCGCGAGAAGGGUUCUAUGCCGGAAGUUGUUGUGUAUACAGCUGUGGUUGAAGGGUUUUGCCAGGCACAAAGCUUUGAUGAUGCUAAGAGGAUUUUCAGGAAAAUGCAGAGUAAUGGGAUCGUGCCAAAUGCUUUUAGUUAUACUGUCUUGAUUAAAGGUCUUUGUAAGGCAAAUAAACUAGAUGAUGCAGUUGAGUUCUGUUUCGAGAUGCUGGAAAAUGGUCAUUCACCAAAUGUGGUAACAUUCACUGGGCUGGUUUUUGAGUUUUGUAAGGAGAAGGGAGUUGAAGAAGCACAAAUUAUUAUUGGUAGAUUGAAACAAAAAGGAUUCCUUUUGGAUGAGAAGGCAGUUAGAACCUAUUUGGAUAAGAGUGGUCCAACAUCACCUAUGGUGUGGGAAGCAAUCUUUGGGCCUAAGAAGACCUCGGCGAGGCUAGUUUGAGCUUCUGAUGCUUAGCGUUAAUCUGUAAGCAUGCCUGUGAAGUUUUUAAUUGAUUCUCUAUCCUUUUGACAGCUUGUUGGAGAUUGGUUGGUUUGACAACCUGCGUCUUCUUUGUUUCUCUUUCAAUAGUUGUAUUAAUGAAGAAUCACAUUUUCUCCAGCCAUCUUGUGUUCUUGUUUUAUACAUGAACUAACUUUCUCUUAUUAGUGAAAAUUUAUCUUUUUGUGGUCA